GUUCUCAGUUCCAAUGUUGAUUGGUAAGGAUACGCCUACAGCUAAAACAUUUUCUGCUGAUACACCCCUUUUGCAGUGCUCAGUUUAUGUGGAAUCCACAACGCACACGGGCCAGGUCUCAGAGGGCACAGUCCGGCUCAGGAAACCUGCAGACUUCUGCCUCCUUCUCAGCAACCAUGAGUGAGUGUGCUGAGGAGCAUCCGCUGAAGGACAGGCUGCAGAAGCUGAGAUGUCACUUCACAUGGGGGCUGCUCAUCGAAGACACUGGGUUGCCUGACCUAGAAGACAGAAUCCUGGAAGAGAUUCAAUUUCUAGACACUGAAAACAAGUGCUGGUUUGGGACAUUUUCUGCCAUCCGCUGAAGCCAAGAGUCCACACUGAGGCUAAGAUGUCCCCACGAGACACUAUGGUGUCCUGUAUCAUCCUCGGCUCAGCAGGGAACCGAGCUCACAGAGUGCUCAGUUUAUGUGGAAUCCACAACGCACACGGGCCAGGUCUCAGAGGGCACAGUCCGGCUCAGGAAACCUGCAGACUUCUGCCUCCUUCUCAGCAACCAUGAGUGAGCGUGCUGAGGAGCAUCCGCUGAAGGACAGGCUGCAGAAGCUGAGAUGUCACUUCACAUGGGGGCUGCUCAUCGAAGACACUGGGUUGCCUGACCUAGAAGACAGAAUCCUGGAAGAGAUUCAAUUUCUAGACACUGAACACAAGGUAGGAAUAUACAACCUGCUGGCCUAUGUGAAACACCUGCAAGGCAAGCAUGAGGAUGCCCUGGAGAACCUGAAAGAAGCAGAAGAGGUGGUUCAGGGAGACCAGGCUGACCACUCAGAUGUGAGGAGUCUGGUGACCUGGAGCAACUAUGCCUGGGUGUACUACCACAUGGGCAGGCUGGCAGAUGCACAGACGUACCUGGACAAGGUGGAGAAUAUGUGCCAGAAAUCUGCAAACCCCUCCCUCUAUAGAAUGGAGUGCCCUGAGAUGGACUGUGAGGAAGGCUGGGCUUUACUGAAGUGUGGAAGAAAGAACUAUGAGCGGGCCAAGGCCUGCUUUGAGAAGGCUCUGGAAGCAGACCCUGAGAACCCUGAAUUCAACACAGGGUAUGCAAUCACUGUCUAUCGCCUGGAUUACUCUAGCAGAACACCCAAUGAUAAUAGAAAGGUGUGUUCUCUGCAGCCCCUAAGGAAGGCCGUCAGGCUCAAUCCACAAGAUGCAUACCUUAAAGCUUUGCUUGCUCUGAAGCUGCAGGAUGUAGGAGAGGAGGCCGAAGGAAGAGAGUGCUUGGAGGAAGCUCUGGCCCAACAGUCCUCCCAGACCUACGUCUUUCGAUACGCAGCCAUGUUUUUCCGCAGACAAGGCCAUAUAGAUAAAGAUCUGAAGUACUUGAAAAUGGCCUUGGAGGCAACGCCCACAUCGGCCUUCCUGCAUCACCAGCUGGGACUUUGCUACCGGGCACAAAUGAGGAAAGUUAGAAGGCAAGAUAGAGAAAAUGUGGACAGACUGAUACAAUUGGCUAUAGGUGAGUUUCAAGAAACUUUGAAAUUAAAGCCCACAUUUGAAUUGGCUCAUGUGAACCUAGCAGAAAUGUAUGUGGAAAAAGAGCAGUACAGGGAGGCUGAGGAACAUUUUCAGGAAACAUUACGCAUCAAGGACAUUGACGAUCACAUCCAGCAAGAAAUUCAUUACCGCUUUGGCCAAUUCUAUGAGCUUCGUGGACGUUCUGAAGAAGACAAAGCCAUCACUCAGUAUCUAAAAGGUCUAAAAAUAGAAAAAGUGUCCCAUGCCAGGGAAAAACUGCUCAAGGCUUUAGAGAUUUUGGCAGAAAGACGUGUGAACCAGAAUGUCCGAGAUGUGGAAAGUACUGCCCUCCUUGGGCUCAUCCACAAAUUGAGAGGGGAAGUGAGCGAAGCCCUGCUGUGUUAUGAGAAGGCUCUAAGGCUGGCUGCUGACCUCAACUCCAUGUUCUGAAAUGGAGAUCGCCGUUAUCCAAGUAAGGUACUCAAAACGAAAUAUAACAUCAUCUUUCCCCAAGCACUAACUUGAAAAGAGUAACUAGGAGGGGCGUUUGCUAUAGCACUUUAAAUGGCCCUUAGGAUGCCUGCAUGCUAUAUCAGGUCUGUGUUUGAAUCCCAGCUCCACGCCUGAUACCAGCUUCUUGCUAAGCACAGCCUGAGAGCCAGAGCUGAUACUGCAAGUACUUGCAUCUCCGCCGCCUGAAUUUAAUUCCUUGCUUCUGGCUUCAGCCUGGCCCAGUCCUGGCUGUUGCAGGCAUUUGUGGCAUGAAGCAGUGGAGAUAAUUCUCUCUCUCUCUCCCUCUCUCCUCUACUUCUACCUCACCCUCUCCUUCUCCCUCCUAAGUAAUGCUUUUAAAAAAAAUGUGUACUUCCUGCAGAGAUUGCUCUUUACAGCAUCCAUGCACUUCUUGUUGACAAAACAAACAAACAAACAAAAAAACUCUAAUGCUAAUUGGGGCACCAAUCAUCUGUAGGGCCAAUGAGAACAUGCUCUGCCUGAUUCUGCCCUUGGAAUGAAGAGCUUCCACCCUCACAUUAGCUGAUAACCCACACAGAGAAGACUUAAAGAAGCAAUGUUUCUUUUUCACGUGACCUGGAACAUUGAUCUGCAACAGGGUCAGUGCAAAGGGUAAAACCAUUGAGCAAAGGUUAAAGGUACAGACAAGGAGAGGAUUCUGGAGUCUGCUACAGCACCUUAGCCUAGAGUUCCACUUCCCAAGGACCCACUGAAGCUACCACCUGCGGAUCAGUGAGUCAGUCAAGCCAAUAACAUUACCCUUUGUCAGUUCAGCUACUGGCAGUCACAAGGGUUCUUCAUGAUCCAAAUAUGUUCCUGAGCAUUUACUCACAUCUCUGUUUCUCCAGUUUAAUGAGGGAAACAUGUAAUGGAAAACCUUCUGGAUGUGUAAGCUGAAGACGAUAUUCACAACUGGAUGCAUGUUUCCAGUGCUGCUGGGUGGUGUGAGAUAGAAUCUGUUUUGUACCUACACAAAAAUAUUCAGCAAAAUUUCCUAAGAUCACAAAUUUCUUGAGUGAUUCCUUUGUCAAUGAGAUUUUAAAAAAAAAAAAGAUGUGUACUCUAUGUUUUUGUGGAAAUAGCAAAAUCAAAAUCAUCAACAUACGCAGUGCUAGAAGGCCUGAAACAGAGCAAUCCUUGGGAUUAUAAAGCAUGGCUAGAAUUUUAAAACAUACUUGGAAAGUAAUUAUUUCUACAGGCCUUGGAAGAUUGACUCUUGUCACCUUGAUCCCUGAGAGCUGGAAUUGACCAAUGGUGGGGAACAGAGUAGGGACAGAGUGCAUCAUUCAGACCAUCCCUGGGGAACAUACAAGAACCACUCCGUUCAAUUCUGUUGAUACUAAAGGAAAAGAGUUAAUAAAUUUGAUCAGAGAGAAAUACUAAGGUAAUAAUAUUCCUUUUUCCUGGGAAAAAUGUGUGAUUUGGCUUUACCUGCCUCUCCUUGAAUACCUUCUAUAUCCCUAUAGAAGAGCCCACUGUGGAGAAAUAUUUGCCACCGUUCAUGGUAGAAAUGAGAAAUUUGAAGACACAUCUCUUCUGCUUGGAAAACACACAACAUUCUUCCAGUCCUCACACCCCACAGCUCUAAGCUUUCAAUUUGGCUCAGUACUGUAACUGUUGCUAAAAUGAAAGCUAUUGCUAUUUAGCUAGAGAUCAGCCUUGGCAAAAACAAUUAUUGGAAGAUUCAUAAAACUCCUGACUGAAUUCAGGACAAAUAUUAGAAAGUCACUGACAUAAGUGGUAAAUUGUCAGAAAGUUUGGGUUCAUUGCAACAAAAAAUUCAUUAAUAUUAAAACAUUUCUAGUACUUCAGGUACUAGAAUCAAAAUAUGCUUUUCUCCUAUCAGAUCUACUUCAUAGAGUGUGUGACCUUCUGUGACGAUGUGUGUGUGUGUGUGUGCAUGUGUCUCCAUGUGUGAGUCUAUAUCUGUGAGUGAGUGUAAAGUAAGUUCUAAACAAGUAAUUUUAACAACAUCAACUCCCUUCACCCUGGAAACUCAAGGACUGAAGUCACCCAAACUGGCUGGUGAAUGUACUUAUCCUUUCGGUACCAAAUGGACCACAAAGGAACAGAGGGAAAGCAGAAGGUACAUAAAAAUACGUAUUUAUCUAUUCAGUUUAAAAUGACAACAAUGGAAAGAUAAAUGAAAAAUUCUAAUGCUAGCUUCUGGGAAAUGAUGGGGCAAAGGGAGGGAAAGCCACAGAAGCUGGAACCUCCUUAUUGGUAUUUGGCACCAUGUAAGUAUUUUACCUAACUCUAAAGCCAAACAUGACACCAUAUGCAUCCUAUAAAGUGUUGGCCAUUUUAUGUAAUGAUUAAAAAAAAUUAAUUGGAGGCAGUGCAGUGGCAUAGCGGGUAAGGCCACCACCUGCAGUGCCAGCAUCCCAUAUAGGCGCCAGUUCGGGUCCUGGCUGCUCCACUUCCAAUCCGGCUCUCUGCCAUGGCCUGGGAAAGUAGUAGAGGAUGGCACAAGUCCUUGGACCCCUGCACCCGUGUGGCAGACCCGGAGGAGGUUCCUGGCUCCUAGCUUCAGACCAGUACAGUUCCGGCCAUUGCGGGCAAUUGGGGAGUGAACCAGUGGAUGGAAGACCUCUCUCUCU